CGUAAUGUUUUGUUGUUAUUUUUUUUACCUAUCUGCGUGACUUUACCCGAAAGACCCAAAGAAUAUAAUAAAAUACUUAUUGUUCACAAGGUUUGCUUAUAACCCAAAGACCAUUCCCGUAACGAGUCUAUGGAUAAAAAUUGCGCACGAUGUUUUUUUUUAUAUCGAGCCAUCUUACACCCAGCUUCCCUAAAUCCAUAGCUUCAGUUACUAUUUAACAUUUCUUAAGGCCCACAGAGUGAUAAUGUUCUUUCACAGUUAUAAUAAGUGUGACAAUUUACUUCCUCCCAUGAAACAAAGAGUUAUGGAUUGUGUUUUAAUUCAAUUCAGUAAUCUUUUUUUUUUAUCUCAUUCGUGUUAUUGUCUUAUGUGAAGAUUUCUCUUGCCCCAUUAUCCUACAUUUUAAUACAAUUUUCAUGGAAUUUGUAUGCAACGUUAAAAAAAUAUAUCAAUUCUCACACGUAACAUUAGUCGCGCAUCUCCUUAGCGUGAAUGCCUGUUUGAAUAAGUGCAUCGUGAUAUGCUAAUUAUCUACGUACCAUAAGUGACGAUGUCAAACUUCAUUAAACAUGGUGGCUGGGUAGGUCAUACGUCAGAACGUUGAGCUGACACGACUGAGCUCCUGGGUUCGAGUCACCUGUGAUUAACCCGUAAUGUCAAGUCUAACUGUUUUUAUGGGCUUAGCCUGGUCACCAAUGGCUUCCCGAAAACCGCGGCAUGGAUACCGUGCAGGAGAAAUUUCGAAUGUGGGGUGGGGGGCGGAAGGUGAGCCCCACGUUGCGGCAACAAGACACGCCCGCACUGCAGGUGUGGGCACGCGAUCUCCGAGUAAGGGGGGCAUUGGUGGCAUUGGUUGUGUGUUUGGGGCUGGGCAAGGGGGCCGCCGGGACCGGCGCUCUUCACUGGAGACCACACUUCCCUCAGCGCUUUUUUGAGGAAGCGACGGUCACUGGCGCGACGCUCGCCAGGGGGGGCAUCUCAGGACACGGGAGGAGGGGAGAGAGAGAGAGAAAAAAUAACUCGCCGUUGCCCAAAAACGUGGCGCCCGCUCGCAGCCCUCGUGAUGGAUUAUAUUUGCCACGGAACUGGUCCACACGCCCCUUUGAUGUGACUUUUGCUCCACAAAAUAUCCGGCUAAACUGGACCGGAGGACAAAGAAGGAGACGCGCAGGCCAUUUUGCGUCGCGCCCGAUUGAGAAACGCCCACCACGAGCUUUUCCGAGAGGCCUCGUGGACAGCAGGACCCGUGGAUAAAUCAUCGGCGCAAUUACACUCGUCGGCGCUCCGUCGCCUGCUAACUGGCCGGGUCACGGAGGGGCCAUCCCACCCCAAUUACGCUCAAUUAGAUUGCGUCCCCUUCACCGCCACCGCGCCACUGAUGGGUACAGUUAAUCACCGCUGGUUUUUAUAAUUUAUGUUUCACUGAAGCAGGUGAGGGUCGUGCCGGACGUUUUAUCUCAUGCAGUGAAGCCUGCGAUGAAUCGCAGUGAAAACUAAAUACGAAUGUGAACAGAAGUGUAAGAUAAUGAAAUAUGUAAAGAUCUCUUUAUUUUACUGUACUUCCUUACGUACAUUGGCUGCAAGUCUGUUUGUUCACUGCCAGGGUUUGACAAACCACUCCAGCUCAGUGGUGAGUGCGCCGCGCUAAGAGCCCAACAGUCAGAAUUCAACGCCCGGCGAUGGCUAACAUCAGUGAUGAGUGAUGUCUAAAGGGACCUUUACCAACCCAGACUGAGCCGAAUGCUAUGGUCAAAUAAUUCCAUGGUCAAAUAAUCCCCAUGACCGAUACUGUGUGGGGAGGCCUUCAAUCCAGCAGUGGAUUGAUAAAGAGAUGUAAAUUAGAUUAUUAACUGUACACAUUUCCCGAGUUUGAAGGUAUCUUCUUUUGUUUGCAAGGCAGAGUUUGACAAACCGUUCUGCCAAUGCCAGUUCUACUAUACAUGUUUUGACAAUGUGGGCACUUUUUUUAAAUGUGGCACGCUGUUCCAAUCCCAAGUCGUGUUCUAACAGCAUUACAUCGCUUGGUGCAGAAACUGCAAACACGAGCAAAUAAUGUGAAUGCGAUGUGGCUUGGGCCCCGUAGACCUGCAGUUGGCCUUCACGAGCCGACGCGACGUUAAAAUGAAGUCAAUAAACGCAGAAAAUCGUGUACACGCAGUCACAACAUUAAAACCAAGAGCGCAUCUCUGCUUUUUCUCUGAUUGCACAACAGAAAUAAUAUUAUCGCUUUGGCCCAAGUGGCAUUUAUUGCAAAAUAAUUGCAUUUAUAUCUCCCGAUGAGGUCCCACGCUAGUAUAAGGGGCCUCUUGGAUUAUUUAUGUCGGGAGCAGAUGCAAUGGCUCUGGUUUGUAGGAUUUGGUUUGGCGAGAGCGUUUGUCGUUUAUCCGGCAUGGCGUGCGGUGCUGUUAAGUUAGGCGACGUGUGUACGGGCCCUGUGCAUGUACGGGAAAUUUCUAUUUCCACUUGGAUUGAGUUUUUUUUUUCUUUUUCAAAAACCCCAAUGAAAAAUGUUUUUUCGGAAGUUUCCAGCCCCGGUGGCGAAAUUUCAUAGCGGUGAAGUGGCCGACGCGGUCGCUCAGAAAGAAACCAGAAGCCAGCGGUGGCAGGUGCCUCAUUGUUCCACGUCCCACGUCCCACGCUGUCGCCCCACGUCCUCAACCCAUGCCUCUCACCACAACCCCCUCACCCCAUGUCACUCACCACAUACUCCUCACCCCAUGCCCCCCUCACCAUAUGAUCUCACCCCAUGCCCAUUACAGAGUGGUCCCACAUCCCAUGCACCCCCCUCACUCAGUGCCCCCUGUACCCGAUGGAAUGGGCCCCCCCACUGAGACCCAGUGGGAGAGAGCCGUGGGUUUCUUGAGCAACUCCGCGGGGGACCCGGGACCGGAUUUUCCAGCCGAGGUUUCCGGGGGGAAGCCAAGGCGCGUUGCGCAGCAGCAGCUGAGGGACGGGAGUUUUUGUGGCCACUGUUGGCGUGGCGCCAGACGCAUUCUGAAUUUAAAAAAGUUCUUAAAAUAGACGUAUUCCACAAUAGCGUCGUUUUGUGCGGAGCUUUUGUGCAUAAACGUGCACCGUGUGUAUGGAGCAUCACCGGGCCCAUUGCUUUACGGGCGCGAAGUUGCCGCAGUGAGAACCGUGCUUGGGAACUUUAUCACUUGACUUUACAGGGAUAAUUUGUUUAAACCAUUCAGUGGAGAGGCAAAAGUAAUUUUUUUCACUCAUCUUGGACAUUGCUUUCGGUAAGAUUGGACCACCCUCGGUGCCAAAGUUGCCAAUUCACUUCCGGCUUGUUCAUCUGCAGCGAAUGCAGCUUCGCCAUCUUUCCGUGGAAUCUCAAAUUGCGCAGACAAACAAGUUCCGUGCUGCGACCAAACAGCGCGCUUGAAUGCGUACAGCAACAAACUGCUUCUGACGAACCAAAAAAAGACAACAAGUUGGGGAAACCCAAAAAAAUGUCACACUCGGCAGAGGGCACCUGUGGUGCAAACCCUCGUUUCGUGCCAGUGUCGGUACAGUGAGCGGAACGGCGUAGUGGAAUAAUAAUAAAAAUAUGCCCGUGAUUGGUUGGUACGCGCCUCCCACCCCCCAACGGCAAUGCAGCCACGUAGGAAAGGGAAGAAAUUCUCGGGGCUCCCGGCGAGAGGGAACCUCCCGCUCUCCCGCCACUGUGCGGGCCGUGCGCAGGUUGCGCACUCGCUUGGAGCGCGGCCGGCGGACGAGAGAGAGCAGCGAAAGGGCGCGCUAGUUUUUUGUCAUGCCUUGGAUCAGUGAGGUUUUGCGUCGUGAGCGAUAUGUGACCCGAUAAGAAUUCGAAUUCGGCGGCGAGUCUCAAUUCAGCAGCAGCACCUCAAGAUGCCGGACAGCGGCAAGGGAGCGCGGGUUGCGGACAAAGCGAACACCAUCAAGGUGGAGGCGCCGAGCGAUGACGAGGAGCUGGAGCCGAGCGCCGGCAUGGCGGCGCCCGGCUCGCGACACGGGGGAGACGCGCGGUGGAGCGGCGCGCGGGAAGCAGCGGGAGGGGAGCACGGAGCCCUCGACGGAAUCGGUGGCGGUGAAACACCGGGGAGCGGCAAGUUGGCGUGCGACAUCUGCGGGCUGGUGUGCGUGGGGCCGAACGUGCUGCUGGUGCACAAGCGCAGCCACACGGGCGAGCGCCCGUUCCAGUGCGGGCAGUGCGGCGCGUCGUUCACGCAGAAGGGGAACCUGCUGCGCCACGUGAAGCUGCACUCGGGGGAGAAGCCGUUCAAGUGCCACAUGUGCAACUACGCGUGCCGCCGUCGCGACGCGCUCGCCGGCCAUCUCAAGACUCACGCGAUCGGGAAGCCCCACAAGUGUGCCUACUGCGGGCGCAGCUACAAGCAGCGCAGCUCCCUGGAGGAGCACAAGGAGCGCUGCCACGCGUACCUGCAGCACGCGGCGGUCAACGGCCCGCAUGCCGCACCACCAGACGCCGAGAGCCGCCCUGCGCAAGAAGGACGCGGAGCCGAGUCGGAGCAGGAGCUGGAGCGUGGCGGCGCCGCGCCUGCAGACCGCACUCCCGCCUCCAACCUGGGCAAGCGCAAAAGCUUCACGCCGCAAAAAUUCAUCGUCGAAAAGCACUGGCGGUCGAGCGGCGGCCCCGACGUGCGCAUCCCUGCCCCGCAGCCGUUCCCCAAGGAACAGGAGCUGGUGCCGCCGCUGAUCAUGUCCUACCUGGGCGCGAGCGGACUGGCGGGCGACCUGUCGCACGGCCCCUACGCCGGCAUGAUGUGCCAGCCGUACGGCCUGCCGUUACCGCUCCCUCCACGGUCCAACACUCCGAUCAACCGCGGCGGCGCUGUCGACGGACACGGCGGCAUCGCCGAGGGGCUGUGCUUCCCAACAAAAUCUUCGAGCCGCGCGGCCGCGGCGGCCGCCGCCGCCGCGGCCGCGUCGGCGGCGGCCGCUGACGCGUCCUCGCCUGACAACGGCGAAAACAACAACAACAACAACAGCGGCGGGGCCUUCAACAACAACAACAACAACAGCGGGCAGGAGUCGACGGACGAGGACGGCAGCCUGGCAGGUGACAGGAACGGCGUGCAGGAGAUGAAGGACGAGGAGGAGGGGGCCAAGCAGCAGCGCAGGCCCCAGCGGCGGCGCGACCGCGACGUGUUCCGCGUGUUCCGCCCGGACGGCACGUCGGUGCGCAGCUACCGCUGCACGCACUGCGAGGUGCUGUUCCUCGACCACGUCAUGUACACCAUCCACAUGGGCUGCCACGGCUACCGCGAGCCGCUCGAGUGCAACGUGUGCGGACACCUGAGCCGCGACCGCUACGAGUUCUCGUCGCACAUCGUGCGUGGGGAGCACUCGCGCUCGCUCGACUGACGGCGACGAAGACGGCGUGAGGGAGGAGGAGGUCGUUGGUGUUGUUGUCGUCUUUUUAUGUUGGUGAAGGAGUUUGUUAGGGACUGGCAAGAUGAGGUGGCGAGUGGAUGGACCGUGUGCAGGCCUGUUGGCGAGUAGAAUUUGAGGCAAGAAGUUUCCUUUUUACUGGAAUGAAAAAAAAAAUCCUGGUAGAUUGUAAUAUUCAGGUAACUGUUUUAUGUUGUUGCAGAUUGCUUAAAUCAACGCAAUGUCUCUGGUGGGUUUUUUACGUUUUAAUCGUUGUAUGGUACUUUCAUAUCAUUGGCCUGAGAGGCUUUUGUCGGGACUAUCCGUGCUCUUGCCUGUGGUGGUGCACAGGCGUCAUAGCUCGUUUCUGGAAAAGCGAGUGACCAACUUGGGUGCGCGCGUGCUGACAAUCUCAAAAAGCACAAUCCGUCCGCGCCCGUUGCGUUGCACAAUUGCCGUUGGCAGUUGUUGACCAUGAAGGUACGUCGACCAAAACAAAAGUUGAUUAUUCUUUAUUUUAGGAAUGCAUUUUCCAUUUGUAAGAGAAAAUAAUAUAUACUGAUUUGAUUGCUACUGUUCUUAGACGUUAAUGUGACGUCGUUCACCACUGUUUUUGUGUUGUGAUAUCGGUUAGGAGUUGCUGAUGCUGCAGGUGAGGAUGCAGUGCGAGCUAAAUGGUAAUGGAUAUUUGAAAAAAUCAUGCCAAAAAAGUCUAACGCCUAUGGGAUUGGGUUCACGUUAAAUAAGUUUGUUAGACCGAAUUAGUUACAUUUGACUCAAUUAGCGCUACUCAAAAAAUCCUGUAUAUUCAGCUCCUUAAAAUGAUCAAUUUACACUUAUUGGAUCCCUCUUCUGGUAUCUCACAAAAUGGUUUCUUGCGUCCGUACGUAUCUUAGGUGUUACUGCAAGUCGUAUUUUCCCUCCAAAAGUUGACAAUCACAAAACCCUUAUGGUGCUUCUGCGGUAACCGUAGAAUGAGCAACAUUUAAAGAAAAAUGCUGUUAUCACAAUAGUUGCACACAACCCUUCAGAAUAAUAACUGGUACAAAAGUGUAUUACCUAUCAGUAGGCUUAUAAUUAUCGUUGUUAUUUUCUUCUUCUGUUAAGCUGGGAUAUCAAAUUAUUUUAGAAAUCGAUUACUCUCCCCAUUUUGGUUUUAUAACUUCGGCUCAUGGGGAAACAAGUAUCCACGUGUACCUCUGGACGGGAGGUGAUUGGCGGGGCAUGGCGAAGGCCUCAUGGCCAUCAACCGCGUCACGCUGGCCGUGGCUUUUAGGGGGAUUCGUGCCUUUGGAAGGCAGGAUUUCGGGACUGGCUGACCUUUGUAAAAGGGCCUCUGUAAUCGACCACAAAAGAGAAUCUGAUUACAAUUUUUUUUUUAUCGAUAAAUCCGCUCGUCCCAGCUUAAAUUUUUUGCACGCGUUUCCUUCCACAUUCUCCUGCCUGAUUGCGUAGUCGGUGGACUCUGCCAGCAUUUGGGCCAAACUUAGAGGGCUUUUCUCAACCAAACCUGACUUGGACCUUGAGGAUGAUCACCUGGUAAUCAAGUACUGUAGUUUUUAGUGCCAGAAUUUUGUCUACCUGUUGAGCACCUUUUAUACUGUUAAGGCCUUCCUCCCUCGGGCCUCCUUUGGCCUCUGUGUAAGAGAGGUCCUCAGACGGACUUUGUGUGGACCAACUCGAGUCACCAUUCCGCUCACCGGCUGGACGGCACGUCAGGCAGAUUUGCUGCCACCAAACAAUAUUUGUCGUCUUAGUACGCACGAAUCCCAAAGUAAUUUGCUUGCGUACGAAGCAACCCAAAAGGCUAUUGUGUGCAGCACAUAGAAGAUUACGUUUGAUUGAUAUAAUGUAUAUAUUUUCUAUAUCAGUCCUUGACUAGUGGUGUUGCUAAGAAUAAGCAAACUAAGAAAAUGUUUACCCCCCCAAGUAGCUCAAGGGGCUUCAGGUUAAAAUAGAGGUGCACCAAAUAUCAGUUACAACUCAGAUCCUUAUCAAAUACAAUUAUUAAAAUGAUGCUAUUAAAAUAAUAGUAAUUAGUUUAUUUCCUUAAUGAUUUCAUGCAACUUGAAAAUAAGUACGUAAUGCCACUUGGUCAUUGUACAGUGUGCGUAGUCAAAGUGACGCACCCAGAAAAGGCUUUGCUGAGUACCCUAGCACCACGAUCGCCCCUGACCCAGGACUUGAUUCCCACAUAACCAGAACGCAGCAAUAGCACUGGUGGCGAACAGUGCCUUAAAUCUGCGCCGUCGCAACCCGCGAUUAUAUAGUUCGCUCGCACUGUUGGGCUACAACUACUGGUUACAUUCCUAAAGCCCCCUGUACAUCGGCAGUUUCCACAUCGUUAAUUUAUAAUCGCUGUUGCGGUGGUUGUCGAUUGUUUAAAAUAAGGAGAAUAGUUUGUGCAGUUAAAAAAAUCACCAGAAGUGCUGUUACUGGGCAGUCGCGAUGUACGCGAUUGGCUCAGGGUGGUUCAGGAAGUUGCCUUUCUAUUCCAGUCGGCCACCAAGCUGGCCACACAGCCAGCAAUGUAGCUCGCUGUCCUGUCAGUCGCACAGCUGCCCACACAGUUGGCCAGUCAGCUGUUUUCCCCAUGGGCCACACAGCUUUUGCCCCAUGGGCCACACAGCUGGCUGUCCCAUGGGCCACCAGAAGCGCAGAAUGAGUCUGUCUGGGCUCCCUAAACACACAGUGACUCCUCGGGAAGAUACAAGGGUGUCUUGUAAUAUAACUUCGUUAUUUAAAAUUUAAACUAAAGGUGUGAAGUGUACAAACCAUUCCAUUAGGGAACAAAAGUAUAUAAAAUGUAAAAAAAAACUUUUUUUGGACAUUUUUUUGGAUUUAAAUGUGUAAACCGCAUUUCUGGUUGGUGGUUGUUUGUAAACAGCAUUAAUAUAUGAUUUGGGAAAGGGGUGUGAAUUAUUUAGAGCGGGUAUGGUUUCAGACCAUUUUAUUUUUAAACGGUUAGCCUUUAAAUAUCUCAUGUUAUGUUUUUUUUUUACAUUUUUGUAUACUCGUUGCCUUAUCUCCGCGACAGAAGAAGAAACGCUUUUCACAGAGCGUCAUUACUGGUCGAACGGGUGCCGCAGGUGAAUGUGUGUGUGCACGAGCACGCCUCGCGUACAAACACGCAGGCGUCGUUUGAAGGGCUACUACGUAAUGCACUGUGUACCCUGCGUCAUGAUUACCUCUGAGUUCCUCCACGAAAUAACCCACGAUGCCUCAACAAGGAGGAGGAGGAACAUCCACACCUGCUCAGCACACUCAGGGAAGAGCGUGGUUCCGCUGUGACGUCUGCCCCCCUCCCUCCCUCCUCCCCGUGGCCUGGGAGAUUGAAGUCUGGCAGGAAACAAACAAAAACAGAAAACACACAAACCCACGGUUGUUGAAAGCGAACGAAAACCGCCGCUCACGUUUUUAGAGCGAGGCGGACAGCUUGCGACCCCGCUGCUCACACGGGGACAGUUAUGUGUGUGUGUGCGUCUUGGCGUUCUGCUGAGAGAUUGAGGCCUUGAUAACGUGAGCGGAGAGAGAGAAGACCGCGCCCGUGUUUCACUCUCACGGCGGGCGAAAGGUCUCACUGGCGGAGGUCACCUCUCGAUGCAGUUGAUCGGGUUAUAUAAUGACUUAAAGCUUUCGUGACUGCAGGAAUUCAUACUCUUUGGGUCUUUCGGUAAAGUCACGUUACGUGACUUUACCGAAAGACCCAAAGAGUAUUGAUCGGGUUGUUUUUAUAAAUUUGUGUUGGAAGCAACAAACGUAGGAGUGGGGUUUUCUGUUGUUGGAACUGUUGUCCUUGACCUUUAACAUAUUCACAGGUUAUAGAAUAAGAGGUAUAAUCAAAAGAGGCCCAUUUUAUUUAAAGCGCUGUACAUAACACGCAUUUUAAUGCAAACACUCAAACCCGGGGGUUUAACACGGAACGCAAAGUUUAUUUAAUAUAUUCACCAAAAAAACUCAAACGUAUAAAAUAAUGUGGUCUUAAAAAAAUUGUACCUGCCUUAUAACAAUUGUGAUUUUGAAAGGAAUGUGGAUUUUAAACAUAUGGCACUUAAUUCAAAUGUUACCAAAAAAUCCCCCAAAACACUUACAAGCACUUACUCUGGGCCUUGGACCAUUUGAGUCGUUGAACCUGCUUAAUGAGUAUUUAGUAACCGUCGUUAAUCUUUGCAUAUUUACCGGAGACACAAAUCUGUGCCAUCAAACGUGGCUGGGAGCCUACAAUCGCUGGCCCGUCUUGGGUGCCUCUCCGUAUCGGAACCGAUGCCAUGGUCACCGUACCCCGUGACCUUCACUCCGCGAUUCCUUCUCCCACGUCGAGGGCUCUGUCUACCGGAUUGACAGUUUCGUCUCAUGCGUACUGCGUUCAACCAAAGUUCGUACAAUCUUGCUGAAUUCGAGAACCGUAUUAACUCUGAUCUAUUCGAUCUUCAGAAAUGCUGUUUGGGCCUUUGAGCCUGUGCGCAGCAACCUUGAUAAACAAAAAAACGUCGCUCUCAACAUGAAGCAGGUUCCGUCUUCGCCGUGUCACUCACGGCGAUUCACUCUUCUGGCGGGGUGGGGGGCGGGGGGAAGAGAAACCCACAAAUUUUAUUUCGAAUUAAGUUUUUUUUAAUCGUAAAUAAAUGCUAAAAUGUGAAAGGAAUUACCGUACUUUGCUUUUGCGACACUUUAAAAGGCGCAGGCCUCCCUUACUUGUCGUGGGGGUGCGCGACGUGGCAGUGCGGACGCGGCGGUGGUGGUGGCGGCGGUGGUGGUGGUGGCGGUGGUGGUGGUGGUGCGCUGCUUCCGAGCCGCGCAGCAGUAGCUCCUCGCGUCCCAACGCCGCCGGCUGAAGCGUCGCGUCCCAAAUCCAUAGACGCACUCCUUGCCACCGACUCGGUUUUGUUCUUUUUUUGUGGAGUAAAUCAAAUACUGUUGUCACUCAUAAUUUAGUUUGUUUUACUUGCGCAUCCGUGAUGUCAUCACGGUAAAUAAUGUCGAAUCAUUUUUGUUUUAUCCCAAUGCUCUGAGACAAAGCUACAUUUUGUAAAUUCGUCGUUGGCUCCUUUAUCGCACAUUCUGCUGGUCACGACUACCAGCUGAAGGAAGAGAUAUACAACUACAAUCAACAUUGGAAUAGAUUGUGGGCACCCUGUGGCUGAUUGACUAUUACACAGUAUAUAACUGUAUUAUAUACUUACAUUGCUUAUUUUAAGUAAAUACUGGCCAAAGUCCAAAUAGAGGUGUCUGCUUUUUUUUGUAAUUUAAAGAAAGUUGAUAGUGCAAUAAUUCAUUGAUGAGAGAAUGUGUUACUAACUGUAUACCUUAUAAUAUAAUUGGAGAUUUUUUUGUGGGUUUUAUUCGCUAAGGCUUAAACCUUUUACUUUGUAUUUAAGUGAACAUCGUCCGACUGGGAGACAUCAUCUGUAUAUAUUGGGUAAUCAAGGGAAUUAAGCCAAAGAGUUUUCUCUGGCAAAAACAGGCUCGCAAUAAAAACCACGGUUUUACAAAAAA